AAUUUCCGUUGUUGAAGUUCAUUUGAAAAUUUUGGUCACUUAAAUGUGUCUUGUUCAGAGUGUAAUAGUACUUAGCUCAACCCUCUGUCAUUACUGGUUCCCAAAAAACCAAUAGGUAUCGACGGCACAAAUACCAAACUCGAGGCUUCAAAACUGUAAUCCCAAAUAAAAACAAUGUUAUGUUACAGGGACUUCUUUGACUUCCUGUAUAAAGUCAAUUUGAUGAAAACAGGAUUAAAUUCAAUAACCACUAAAUAUUCAAUUUUCUCGACUGAUGAAUGAAAAACAAAAUGGAGGUGCGUCAAUGUGUUCGAGAGUCGCAUUGAUGUUUGUUAUUUUCUUAUGUUAUAGAUGUGUGUCAUGCUGCUGGUGUUUUAUGAUUGUAUUGUAGAUUUGACAUGAAUGAUUCAUGAGAAGCUGCUUUUGGUGUUUUAAUAAUCAACGCCCGGAGCGUCUCUCUUCCUUUCUUUUUCAUUAUCCGUCCAUCUUUUCUUUCUCUCUGACUCAUUUUCGAUCCCUCUCUCCCCUCAGGUCUCCCUCUCUCUACCUGAACACGUUGAAUACCGGCAGAAAACAAGGACAUGUCUAUUCCUGCUGUUUCUUCUCUCUCCUUUACCUCAUAUUUGGACUUUCUCUCCUUCACUUUCACUUUCUCGCUCUUCUUUCUUCACGUGUUUCUUCUUGCUAUUGCAGAGGAAACUUAUCUCCUUCCUCUUUCUCUGCUUAUUUCGUUAGUUAUGUUGGUUAGUUAGUCACUGACUGAGUACGAUGUGUUCAGAAAAGUCAGUGUUGUUGUUGUUUUAGGUGAAAGUCAGCGGGAGCCCCGGUAUCAGAGGAAGAUUUACACUCUGCUGAAUUACUCAAAAACAUCAUGGCUGUCAAAUAACCGCGUGUGUUGAUGGACAGCUAAGGACAACUUUAACACACACACAGACACACACAGACACAGACACACACACACACACACACACACACCUACAGAAUGUCGGCAGUGCACUCAGCUUCACAUCCUCUCGAGGACCCGACCACGCCCCCUCCCCUGACCACUCCUCCUCGCAAAGCCUCAGUCCGCCUGCAAGAGAGGCGGGGCUCUAACCUCUCGCUGCUAUUGGACGUGAGCAGUCUGGGGGCGGAGCCUGUGUGUUCUGUCUCCACCCCAAAGGAGGUGUGGCUCCAGCUGCUUCACACCUCUUCCCGGCCUCUCACAACAACCUUGCUGCAGCUGGCGGGCAUCGACAAAAACACACUGAAUGUAGAGUACCAGAAAAUCCCUCCGAACUUUGUGAACGCCGCAGAGCUCGAUGUUCAAGGUCACAUGAUCAAAGACAGAUACAAAACCAUCCUGCCCAACCCUGAGAGCCGGGUGGUCCUGAGGAACCUGGAGGAAGAGGCGUCGCCAGACCGCUACAUCAACGCUAACUACAUCAGGGGUUACGGAGGGGCCCCCAGAGCUUACAUUGCCACCCAGGGGCCGAUGUUGCACACCGUGGGGGAUUUCUGGGACAUGGUGUGGCAGGAGAGGAGCAGCAUCAUCGUCAUGGUUACCAGGCUGAAGGAGAACAACGAGAAGUGUGAGCUGUACUGGCCACAGCCGAGGGAGAGGAGGAGGAGGAAGAGCAGGAGGAGUGUGAAGGAGGAGGAAGAGGAAGAAGAGGAGCAGAGGGAGGAAGAGGAGGAGGAAGGAGAGACAGAACGGUUUGGCAGAUUCCUCCUCAGAGUGACAGACAGCUGGGAGAAAGACGGCUUCACUGUUACUGACAUGGACAUCCAGCUGGGUUCGGAGCAUCGUCCCAUCAGACACUACUGGUUCACCUCUUGGCCAGACCACCACAUCCCACAAUGCACUGCUCCCCUGCUGAGACUCGUGGAGGAGGUGGAGACAUACAGGAAGUCCCUCCCACCUCCCAGCUGUCAGCCAAUCACAGCCCCCGCCCCGGAUCCUGGACCAAUCGUCGUCCACUGCAGUGCAGGUAUCGGCAGGACCGGGUGUUUCAUCGUCAGCAGUAUCGGCUGUCAGCAGCUCAGAGACACCGGGCAGCUCGACAUCCUGGAGACCGUCUGUCAGCUCCGACUCGACAGAGGUGGUAUGAUCCAGACCACAGAGCAGUACCAGUUCCUGUACUCCACUCUGGCCCAGUUCAGCCGCCAGCUGCAGCUCAACCAGGAGCAGAACCAGAACCAGCAGAACCCAGAGGAGCAGGUCAGCGUUCAGCUUCAGAACCUGGAGCUGGACAACACACAGAACAAGAAGAACCUGGAGAACCAACAAGGCUCGAUACAGACCUGAAGAAAUCCAAGACACCACACAACCAGCAGUUAGCGCUACAAGUCCUGUAACCAGCACCAUAACUAUGGAAACAAGAUAACUUGUUGAGCCAGCAACACAACUCAAAGACAGGUAGAGACUUUGGGGAACCAAGAACCAACAGGAACCCCAACAUGUUGGUUUGUGGGAUGUUUUGUGCAGCAGAGGCUACGAGAACCCAGGUGUUCAUGUUCACUGUGGACUGUCCCAAUAAAGGUUUUCACUACAGGAUUACCCAUGCUAAAAGAAUGUAUAUUAACGAUGUUGUCGCUGAUAUGUAUUGAGCAUUUAAAGAAAGAUCAAAUAUUUCGUGUUUACUGUGUCCCAAUUUUGCAAAUGAAUAUUAUUAAUUUCUGCGUUGGGAGAGAAAGUGUGAACAUAUGGGAUAAUGAAUGCAAAAUAAGUAUUGAUCUUUUAAUUCUAAGUUGGCCAUUUGUUAGGUGGACAGGACAGAAAGACAGGAUAACGUUAAACAAAGGGUCACGUUCAGGACUCGAAUACGGGCAAGCUUUGAAUCGCUUCUCAACACACAUUUUAAUAGACUUGUAUUUAUGUGAUGUCCUAUUUUUAUCCCUUUUUUCUUCUUCGUUGUAUUUAUAUAUUUGAUAAAUGGUUUUUAAUUGUUUAUAAUCUAUUGUACAGUUAAUGUUUCUUCAGCAUGUGUCUGCUAUCCACUAUGUAUUUGCUUUGAAUAGUUCAUUUGACCUUCAUCGUAUCUCACUUUUUUGUACGGUUUUCUGUUGGUACUGUAUACUGCAGUGUAUCCUGUGUGGCUUUGUAAACUUAAGUAAUUAAAAUAAAUUACCCAAAAAUGUUA